CGGCCUGGGUCCGUCCGCUGCUGCCGUGCUCCCCACUUCCCAACUCCUCCACUCAUUGUUCCCCUAACACUCUACGAGCACCAUGGCAGUAGCAUCGUGUUCCUCCGCCGCUGCUCGUCUCGUCCCCCUCUUGCGCCCUGCUCCUCGGCUCACACAGACAGCCUGGCGCCGCAACCUGUCCUCUUCGCGGCGGUGCGCUCUUGCUGCUGUGGUAGAUUCGGGACAUGGACAGGAGACAGUCUCUGCUGCAUCGGCGGAAGCUCGACCGACGCAGGUACGGAUGCUCCUUGUGGGAUGUCCGGGCUCCGGCAAAGGCACUCUCUCCUCCCUGCUUCACUCGACUUAUCCAGAGCUCUCCAGCAUUUCAGCCGGAGACCUGCUCCGCCAGCACAUAGAGAGGGGUACCGAGCUGGGGAAGAAGGCCGAUGGGAUCAUCAAGCGCGGCGAUUUGAUGGACGAUGAGACGAUGAUGCAGAUGGUGGGCAAGGAGGUCGAGGAGAAGGGGGCUGAGAGCUGGCUGCUAGAUGGCUUCCCCCGUACGACAGGGCAGGCUCGCCUGUUGGACGAAGCGCUGCAGCGGCAAGGACGUCCACUGAAUCUCGUCGUCAACCUGGACGUGCCAGAAGAGGUCAUCCUGAAGCGGAUAUUGGAUCGCUGGGUGCACCCCCCGUCUGGCAGAGUGUACAACUCGCAAUAUAAUCCUCCCAAAGUAGCCGGCAAAGACGACGAGACUGGCGAGCCCCUCGUACAACGUCCCGACGAUAACGAGAAAACAUUCACCUCCCGCCUCACCUCCUUCCACCGUCAAACCGGCCCCAUGAUCGCCCACUAUGCUUCCCACUCUUCCUGUCCACCCCUCUCCCUCGCACUGAGUCAAGCGCCCCAGCCGCGAGACGAUGAGCGCGUAUAUGUCAGUCUAAAGGGGGAGACGUCAAAGGCAAUUUGGCCGCUGUUAAAGGGUGUGAUGCGGAAGAGGGAGCGCAGAGGCUGGAAUGGGGUUGAAGAAGGAGGGUGUAUGAGGUGCAGAGCGGGGAAGGCAUGGGAGGCUUGGGGAUAGUAUACAAUGUCACAUUAAGGAGGCCUGCGGCCCAGCCGACGCUUGGAUCUGGUUCUGGGAUCUGGAAUAGCAAUACAAAAAGCAACGUGCUC